AUGUGCACCAACACCAACAAAACCCUGCGCAGGACGGAGGAGUUGGACCUGACGUGGACGUCCACGCUUAGCGAUACGCCUAACGUCAACUGCCUACGCGUAGAGAAUGACCAUGCGUUGGCGGACAACGAGAUCAUUGCGUUGUCAAUACACAUCAUGGAGUUUGACGUGGAUGAGGAUCAGAUCCAUAUGAAAUCUCAACCCGAAGAGGACGAUUCGUUAGACAUUCCCACGCUAGAGCUGCCAGAAGAUCCGGAAGCUUUGAUUGACGCGGUGGAAACGGAACACCCGUUGACUGUUGAGGAAAAACGUCAGCUGAAAGAUGUCCUGCGGCAGUUCGAUUGCACCAGCGAAGGUCGUCUUGGGAGGACAACCCUCAUUGAGCACGAGAUCGAACUCGUGGAAGGGACCAACAUGAAGGAGUUACCGAUGUAUCGUUACUCGCCGAAGAUCUGGGAGAACGUCGAGCAGGAGUUAGAGCGUUGGAAAACGUUGGAUGUUAUCGAGGAGUGUACAACCGAGUUCGCCAGUCCCCUGGUUCCAGUAAAGAAAGCGAACGGAAAAAUCCGAGUUUGUUUGGACUCGCGCCGGAUCAAUUCUGUCACUAAGAAGGACGCUUACCCGAUGAGGAACAUGUCGGAGAUCUUUCACCGGUUGCAGAAAGCGAAUCACGUGACUGCCCCAAUAACUGAUUUAUUGAAGAAGACCAAGAAGUUCCGGUGGUCUGAAGAGGCCAACAACGCGUUGAGUGAAUUAAAAUCUGUAUUAACGUCCGCCCCCGUUUUAUCAAACCCCGAUUACUCGCGACCGUUCUUAAUCGAGACUGACGCGUCCCAGCUCGCCGGCUUAGCGUGGAUACGUUUGGCCUUUCCGCUUGACCACCUGGAGAUGGCCAAGGAGCAGCCGGUUGUUGCGGAACCAUUGCUGCAGGAGUGCAGGUCAAAUGAUUGGAUCGUCAACUCCAGAAAGCGUAGAAAUGGCACCGGAAGCCAAUCUUUAAGACCUGGACCAUUAGGAACUCGUCUUUUUCGUUUCGAAGUCCCCAAACCGGUGGAAGCGGAUCUGGCCGCAGAAAUUAGAUUAGUCGAAAUGGAACCGCUGGUGGUGAAGAUGAGCACCGCGAGGCCGAACGACUCGGUGUCCGGAAGUGCGCAGAAGUUGCCGAAAGCGUUAGCCAUCGGCAAACCGACCAAGGUCAAGAGGGCGGAGAAGGUCGUCAAAUCAUCGCUCGCUGGCCAACAAUCUGCAGGACGUAUCAUCAGCGACUCCAAGCUUAAUUACUUAUUCAGUCAUACUCAGACCAGAAUCAGCAGCAUCGGCACCAGCCGGGACUUCUCCGAUGACGGAAUGGCGGAGAAAACGAUAAGGGUGAAGGUUAUGAUUGGGAGUCGGCGAGGCGUGACGGGGUUUUCCAAACAGCAAAAUCAUCUCAAAUCCAUUCUGCAGUUACGUGCGCUGAUGCCACCGUUCAUGUAUUGUGGCAGCGAAUACGCAGAUGGAAGGUUCGGGUCGCCACCGACCACCGGGACUAUCGUGGAAUGCGAAACAACAGUGUCGGCGGGGCAUGGAUCAAACCAUCCGCUGACGCAGUCGGGUGGUAAAUAACGCGACUCGUAUGGAGCAGGCGGCGGUCGUGGACAUCGCGAACAAACGCAACCCCCAUGGUUGAGCACAUGCAGCAGCGAGACCAGCACCGGGAUCCCGACGAUCACCGGCGGUGGCGGCCACCGGCCCAGUAGCAGCAGCAGGGUGACGGCACGAGCGAUACUUAGCGCGGUUCAUUCACACCCAGCAAAGGGCAAGGUUCAAACAGCGGGCCAGCAGCCUCGUCGGGAAAUUGAUCGUAGCGACCGGGCUGAUGGUGACAACGAAGAUUUGCCCCGGGAGAUCAUGCAGCGUCAUAUUGACUCCGAGGAGGACGAUCGCUUCAGCAUCCGUGCCCGGAGUCGUCCAGCAAGAUGGGCGGCGACGCCAUUAGACGUGCUUAUUUCCGGUACUUUAGGGCUGUGGAUUCGAAGCAGGAGUCGGAUCUUUUUGGCCUUGGGGAUGGCCCAGGUGCAGCAGAUGGCAGCGAAACCAGUGCAGCGGGAGCUUAGGUCAAAUAAUAGGUGGGUUCUGUGGAUCGACCAGGUCGUCGGCCCGGAGAUGAAAAAAAAGACGAUCAAGAAGCUGAGGAACCAUCGGUGGCGUGCCGCCUCGUUGACAGGAGAAAGUAGAAGCUGCCUGUUACAAACUUCCGUUACGCCAAAAGCAACACCGGCCGCCAUCCAGCGCAAUUCUACGUGGAGUCACGAAGAAAAAGGACGUAACCCUACUCAAGAUGCGUAUGUGGUUCGAGGAGUCCUGUUGGAUUGUCCGCUGAAGUACAAAAAGGGCGAAAGUCAGACCAACGAAAUUGUCGGCGAUCAGGACUUUAGCAAGCUCCUGCAGGAGGAACAUGUGGCCAAGGUGUGUGCCGAUAUGGUUGCCCUAUUGCCGGAAGAUGUUUUCACUGAGAUGGGCGUCUCCGAUCUGGCCCAACAAUUCCUGUUGAAUGUCGGCACGGCGAUUCGCCAGCUGCGUAAAACCGGAAACAACCGGCUGGCUCGUGCUUACGGCAACCAUCGUCAACCAAACGGAGAAACCCACUGAGAAGGGCCUCGGAACCGGUACCAGUCUGUUCAAGCUCAAAAAGAUGGACCCUAACCUCAAAACAUGCACCAUUUCCUCCAUGGUGUCUCCAAGGAUAUCCUCAACGGAACCGAACGUAAUCUGCCGGACGCUCUGCACGUUAAACGAAACCUUAUGCUCAAACUGCACACUGCACAAAUAGACUCGAAUACGUCAAGGUACAAGAACAAGUUCCGAUCGUGGAGCAACAUCUUCACUGGUGCCAAAAACGAUCACGAAGAUGUUGGAACGGUGGCCUGACUGGACGACAGCACAUCAAUGACUGGCCAAGCGGGCGGCAAAAAGGCAAAUCGUGGUCCGUACCGGCAAGGCGAAGGAAACUGUAGACAGUUUAUGAGUGCAUAUCAACAGCAGAUAGCGCCCGGCUUCCUGGCAUCCCUAGAAAGGAAUCACCCCUAGCAGUCCAGCAAGCAGCAAGGCGGAACACCCGGCAGCCAAAGGAACUGAAAAUCAAGCCGGCAUCCCUGAUCCGGUCACUAACGGCCAUUCCGUAACAUCCACGGUUUAUGUCCUGUCGGAAACUGCACAGAUAAGAACCGGCGGAAACGAUGGCCAACCUUUGUGCAACCCGGUACGCCGGAACACCAAGCACGACUACCGGGAAAAAUAGGCCAACCUGCCAGAAAUUUGCAAAGAACCAUGACAUGAAGUCACUCCAGUUUUUGGACUAACGGAUGCCCGCAGAUUGCAACUUUUGUUUUUUACUGUGUUAUAGUAGUAGUUUAUAAAGUAUUUUUCACGAAAAUCUAUGUAAUUUGAAGAAAAAACGAGGAAAUCUAAAUAAAAACAUAAACAACAGCAACAAACUUUCAAUCCAAACAAAUAAAUCAAAUGACAGCUGCGAAAAAACGAAGAAGAAGAACACAAAAACGGGGUUGACGCGCGUCCGAUUUUUCACCAUGACGUCGUUCUUACAUCGGCCCCGCACGUAGGCCUCUCGCGAUGUUCGAACAACCUUGACAGGUUGACGUUUCGGGUGCAAAAUACCUUGAUUCGGGUCUGAUGCGUGUCUCAAAAUCAGACCCGCAUCGGCCCCUGUAGGUCUGAUCGUCGUUCUUACGAUCAGACCCGAUCGGCCCCGUAUUUCUUACUGGGAACACUAGGAAAGAUUUCAGGAGAAAACAAUACACAGUAAAAUAACAAUUAGUUUUUGAAUUCAAACUAAAAAUUAAACAGUUUUUUGCUUUACUGAAAAUUGAUAGGCACACUAUAAAUGGUUAGGCGCUUAUACUUACAUCAAACCCUACGUAAUGUACCACCCCCGGCCGAGUUAAAAUGCGUAACCGGAAAAGAAGGUGUGCAUGCCUGGCACGAACACUCAAAGCGUGUUCUAGCGUGCUGCUCGUACUGACUCAGAGCAAGGGUGAGAUGUAGGUGUAAGGGCAGUGCGUGUUCGUCGGGAACCUGGUGCAUAAGAUCGGUCAAGGCCCGUUCUUACACUGAAAAUUGCGAAUUGCGAAUGAAGUAUGUACAUAAUUUUAGUUGAAAAAAAAAAAUAGUUUCAUAGCAUCCUACUUGGGCCAAAAUUUGUUGGUGACAUCAACAUUCAACUACAUGACCUUAUUUUUUUGUUUAAUUAUUUUUAACUAAACCGUCAAUUUUCGUCAAUUUUCUUAGACUGCAUUUUCAAAAAAAAAAUUCACGUGUUUUAAAGUCGUUGGUUGCAUCCAAGUUUUAAUGCCCGCCAGCUUGUAUCCAACAUUGCAUAAUAAAGAUCGACUUUAUCAAUCAGUCGACAUAAAUGGCCAAACCCCCUUUUCAACAUCUGUCAAAACCGUCAAAACAAAAAGCUGUCGCUGCUGCGGCUGCGAAACUUUAGGUGGUGGUGCAAGUGGUGGCUGGUUCUGGCCAAUUGUUUCGUUGCAGAAUUCGAUUUUCGUGUGAUUCCCACUUCCGA